AAAAGUGAUGAUAAAAGUGCUAAUAAUCCUAAACCUGUGAAGAAUAGCCCCAACAAAAGGACUAGUAGUACGAGUGGCGUUGGAAGUAGUGAAGGGGUAUCUGAGCCACCGUUUUGCAAGUAUUUCAAUAUCGAAUUGUGUACUAAAGAGGGAAAGACUGAUAGAAAGGCAACCGUUUUGUUGGAGAACCCGAUCGGAGAGUACAUUACGAGUGGACACGAAUUGGAUAGAAAUUUAACUGUUAACUCAAUGUUUUUGUGUGAUUUUAAUGCUGAUAAGAGUAGCUUUCGGUCAAAACUCAAAGUUUUCGUUAUUCUCAACACGAGAUAAAUCCAAAGAAAUUGAUUUAAAUUUAUAUAACAAAAAUGGAUUGAAUUUAUGCGGAGAACUGAGCGGCAAAACAGUGUUUGCAUUCAACCAUUGAUUUAAACUAAAAUUAUUGAUUGUACCGGAUAUUUAUUUUGCAGUUUUAUUAAAUAAAUAAAAUAAAAAUAAUUUGUCAUAAAAUUAGUUUUUACCGUAAUUAAAAAUAAUACUGUAUUUAUA